AUGGUCAAGCCCAAGCAAGUGCCGCCAUACUUGAAACGGGCUGGAUUUAAACCUUCGAAGCCUGAAGACUUUGGCGAUGGAGGAGCAUUUCCAGAAAUCCACUAUGCACAGUACCCUCUUGGUAUGGGAAGGAGUAAGUCUCAGAAUCCCGGUUCAAAGACUUUGCCUGUUACAGUAGAUGAGCACGGGAAUGUGAGAUAUGAUGCAAUCGUGAGGCAGGAUGAGAAUUCAAAGAAGAUUGUGUAUUCACAGCAUAGGGAUUUGGUCCCGAAGGUUGUGAAAGAUGAUGAGAAAGAGGAGGAGAUGGAUGUGGAUGAGAUGCAGAAAGUGAUUGAUGAGACGACACAGGAGACUAAGGCUGCACUUGAGAAGAUUGUGAAUGUGAGAUUGAGUGCUGCACAGCCAAAAAAUGUUCAAACACAGUCUUCAGAUUCUAAGUUUAUUAAGUACAAGCCAUCACAACAAUCAGCAGCCUUUAAUUCAGGAGCCAAGGAAAGAAUUAUCCGAAUGGUUGAAAUGCCAGUGGACCCUUUGGAGCCACCCAAGUUUAAACAUAAGAGGGUCCCAAAGGCAUCUGGUUCUCCACCAGUGCCGGUUAUGCAUUCUCCACCUCGUCCUGUGACCGUGAAGGAUCAGCAGGACUGGAAGAUUCCACCAUGUAUUUCAAACUGGAAGAACCCUAAGGGGUAUACAAUACCUCUUGACAAACGUCUGGCUGCUGAUGGUCGGGGGCUUCAGGAUGUUCAGAUUAAUGACAAUUUUGCUAAAUUGUCAGAGGCUUUGUAUGUUGCCGAGCAGAAGGCAAGAGAGGCUGUUGCGAUGAGGUCAAAGGUUCAGAAGGAGAUGAUGAUGAAAGAAAAGGAGAAGAAAGAGAUGGAGCUGCGGGAGUUGGCCAGGAAGGCGAGAUCGGAGAGAACUGGUGUUGCUCCUGCUGCUGCAGCACAAAUGCCUUCUGAGAGGGGUGCAAUCAACAGUGAUGACAUGAGUGUUGAUUAUGAGCGUGUGAGAGAUGCCCCCAAGGAGUCAAAGGAGGAAAGAGAGGAGAGGUUACAGCGGGAGAAAAUUCGUGAGGAGAGGCGCCGUGAGAGGGAAAGGGAGAGAAGGCUGGAGGCGAAAGAUGCUGCAAUGGGGAAGAAGAGCAAAAUUACGAGGGAUAGAGAUCGUGAUAUUAGUGAGAAAGUCGCUCUUGGAAUGGCCUCCGCGGGAGCUGGGAGAGGGGGUGAAGUUAUGUAUGACCAGAGACUGUUCAACCAGGAGAAAGGGAUGGAUUCUGGUUUUGCCACCGAUGAUGCUUACAACAUAUACGAUAAGGGCCUAUUUACUGCUCAAUCAACUAUGACUACUCUGUACAGACCGAAGAAGGAUGCAGAUGAUGAGGUGUAUGGAGGUGCGGAUGAACAGCUGGACAAGUUAAUGAAAACAGAUCGUUUUAAGCCUGACAAGGCAUUUACAGGAACAUCUGAAAGAACAGGUCAAAGGGAGAGGCCAGUUGAGUUUGAAAGAGAGGCUGAAGAAGCUGAUCCGUUUGGUUUGGAUCAGUUUUUGACAGAGGUGAAGAAAGGGAAGAAGGCCAUGGAGAAAGUUGGUACUGGAGGAACCUUGAAGGCUGGUGCAGGCUCUAUGCGUGAUGGUUACGAAACAUCAGGUAGAUCGCGCAUUAAUUUUGAAAAGGGCCGAUAA